AAAGUAUUUAGAUGUAAUAAUUAUAUAUUUUUCAAAAUAUAAAUGAAAUUUAUAAAAAUAAAUAUUAAGAUUAAAAAAGAAAAAAAAAAAGUUCCACUCGGUUGAACCUUUUUCACAUACUUCCCCUGGGGGCCAAAGUCUUUUAUAAUGGGUCCUUAUUUUUAUUGGAUAUAUCUCCUGAAUGUAGGACCCAAUAGGAGACAAAAGAAUAGAAGCUGGUAUUGCCACGUGGCCCCUCAAUUAAAAAAAAAAAAGGAAAAAGAAAAAAAAAAAGAACUGGUUCCCUUUCUUGGGUUUCUUGAAUUUAAUGUCAAAAAUGAAAUUAUGGAACUGAUGCAUAGUGGCAUUCUUUAAACCUACAGUAUAAAUAUGAACUCUCUUAUCUCAUCUCUCUCAUUAUCCAAAACAUACACUACACAAACAUAACCCACUUCAGCUCUUCGAGAAUUUAGCUCCCUGCCAAAAGAAAAAAAAGGAAAAAAAGAAACAAAGUUCAAGAAUUGAACUGUAAUGGCUGAUUUCACAUCAGAUGUUCAAGGUUUUAGACCCUCUUUUCCAUUCUUGGAUCAUAUCGAUCCUAACUUAGAACCCAUCAACCAAUUCUCAGAUAUAAACCAAAGUAUUCUAGAGAAUUCAAGCUUGAAUACUUUCCAAAGUUUCUUGCCUUUCUCUAGUAACAAUUUCUUUAGCCAUAAUCAUCAAGCAGUAGUGGCAGCAGAAUUCCCUGGUAACUUGGCAGACAAUUUUCCUGCUAUUUUCAAUCAAUACAAUAGCCAAAACGCUAUGCCAGUUUCUUCUCAUCAGCUCAUUUCCACUCCUGGAACUGAUCAAAGUGAGUUUCUUGAAACCAAGAAAAGAAAAGCAUUGGAUGUAUCAGAAAGUAGUUCUUUUAAUUCAUCUCCACAAGUUUCUGAAAAUGGCAAGGGAAAAAAUAAUUCAAGAAGAGGAAAGAGAACUAAAAGCAAAGAAGAUGAUGAGAAACCAAAGGAAGUUGUUCAUGUUAGAGCUAGAAGAGGUCAAGCCACUGAUAGUCACAGUUUAGCAGAAAGGGUAAGAAGAGGAAAAAUUAAUGAGAGAUUAAGAUGCUUGCAAGAUAUUGUCCCAGGUUGCUACAAGACCAUGGGCAUGGCAGUAAUGUUGGAUGAGAUAAUUAAUUAUGUUCAAUCCUUGCAGAAUCAAGUUGAGUUUCUAUCUAUGAAGCUCACUGCAGCCAGUACAUUUUAUGACUUCAAUUCUGAGACAGAUGCCAUAGAAACAAUGCAGAGGGCAAAGGCACAAGAGGCUAAAGAGAUUGAAAGAGUGAUGAAAGAAGGAUAUGGAGGACUAACAAAUUUCCACCCAACAUGGUCUCUUUGACUUCACUAUUUGGAUGUUGCUCAUUAGUACCAUACAACACACAAGAUCAAGGUGGUCCAUUUCCCAAUAUUUUCCAAAACUACCAAUAUUGCAACAACAAAAGAAAAAAAGAAAUAUAUUUAGUUCCCAUUUCAUGUAUACCUAGCACAAGUGACACUUUAUACUUGUAUAAUUACUUAAACCAUGUAUGGGAAUUCAAUUAUUAUUCAUAGAAAUACCCCUUUUAACCAA